GUGCCUUCUGGGAGUCGUAGUUUCUCGCGCGCUGCCAGGUCUGCGCCGCCGGCCGGCAGGCCGUGCGCGGCGGACUGCAGCUCCCGGCAUGCAGCGGGGCUGCGGCGCGACGGCACCAUGGCGGCGGCGGCGCUCGGCGGACUGCGUGGGCUGCUGGCGGCAGCAGGACCAGCGGCGGGUGGUGCCAGGCUGGCCCCCCUGGGCACACGGCUCCUGGGGCAGAGCUGCCGCCGGCCAGCGGGGCCACGGGCCAGCCCAGAGCCCAGCAACGAGGGGCUCCCCGAGGGGGUGGAGUACAUCCCCACCCGCAAGAAGGGCAAGAACCCGAUGAAGCCGGUGGGGGUGGCCUGGUACAGCCUGUACGCCCGCACGCGGUUGGGCUACCUCUUCUACCAGCGCCAAGUGAAGAAGGCCCGGGAGCGGUACCCGCUCGGCCACUCCGUGCCCCAGCCCUGCCACUUCCCCGGGGUGAAAAUCCUGCCCAUUCCUGUGCUCUCCAACAACUACAGCUACCUGGUCAUUGACACUGGCUCUGGCCAGGCAGCCGUCGUUGACCCCUCUGACCCGCUGGCCGUGCAGGCUGCCAUUGAAGAAGAGGGCGUGAUGCUGGAGGCCAUAUUCUGCACCCACAAACACUGGGACCACAGUGGGGGGAACGCGGCGCUCCGGCAGCAGCAUAGCUCCUGCAAGGUGUACGGCAGCACCCUCGAUGCCAUUCCAGAGCUCACCAACCCGCUUGAAGACAAGGAGAAGGUGAAGGUGGGCUGCCUGACCUUUGAGGCGCUCGCCACCCCUGGCCACACCGUGGGCCAUAUGGUGUACGUGCUGGACGGGGAGCCCUUCGGUGCCCCCCCAUGCCUCUUCUCCGGGGACCUCCUCUUCCUCGCUGGCUGUGGCAGGCUGUUUGAGGGCUCCCCUGAGACCAUGCUCGCCUCCUUGGAUGUGGCCGUGGGCUUGGGCGAGGACACGCUGCUGUGGCCAGGCCAUGAGUAUGCGCUGGAGUGCCUGACCUUUGCCAGCCUCCUGGAGCUGGACAACCCCGCGCUGGAGCAGAAGCUGCAGUGGGCGACGCAGCAGCGGCAGGAGAAGAGGAGCACGUGUCCCUCCACGCUGGGUGAGGAGCAGACCUACAACCCCUUCCUGCGGACCCACCGGCCGGAGCUGCAGGCAGUGCUGGGGCUGCGGCGGGACGGGGGGGAGCACCCCGACGCCUUCCGCGCCCGCGUCCUCAAGGAGGUGCGGAGGCGCAAGGACCUCUACAAACCCACCUAGGCCCCCACCUUCUCCCCAGGCACCCCCCCUUUCCGUGGGGCCGGGUGCCGCUCGGGAGCAGGGGGACCUGAGACUUUAUAGUUUGUUUUGCUGUGAAUCUCCCUCCUGGGGUGCAGGUUUGAGGAUGGGGGGGGGAAGAG